CUUAUAACCACCAUUACUCUCCCCACAACCUCUCCCAUUGUGCACCCCUCUUGCCAUUUUACUCCAUUAGUGUGUGGAGGAAAGCAAACUCAAGAAUGAGGCUUCUAGGGUUUGCACUGCUCCUGAUCAUGGUAAGCUCUUGCUUAGCUACAAACAGGAAGGUUCUGACCGAAAUACACGGUCGCAAGAACCGAGCCAACCGACAUCUUGCGGAGAAGGAGAAGGACACAUUUGAUGGCCCUGGAAGCAGUGUGAACAACCACCAUAACAUCCCGAGGGAAGACUUCAAUAACUUCAAUGGUGGUACUAGCACCCCUUAUGGUGGCGACAACGCCGGUGAUGAUGGUGGCAAGUUUUAAAACUAUAUGUAUACAUACUUAAGGUUUGGUGUUUUGGAUUUUGUGAGUGCUUUCUCUCUCUAAUGCUGGUAGUAUAUAUAUAUAUAGGUUUUUAGUUAUGUUUUGGACAUGUUAAUGCAUGUUGUAAAUCUUUGUAUUUUCUAGGCAUGGUAGUGCCAAUUAAGCGUAUCGUGUAUGUUUGAAUAAAUUUUUGGCUUCUCUAUAUGUAAUGAGCCAAAUCUGUAUCAAAUGCAUGGCCAUGGUUUUAUA